AUGAAUUCGGAAGGACGACUAGAAACAGAUGCAUUGCCGAUCAGCGAGACGGAUAACAAUAGCGGCGCCCUAUCGCUGCCCUCCAAUACGCCAACAGCAUCAGCAGAUCUAACCGAAUCGGUGUUGCGCGAACUCUCCGAUCCCAAUUACAAUUCCAUGGAUGUGGUGCAAUCCGCGCAGAUACCGGGCAACGCGCUGGUCAAUGGCAGCAGCAGCGGCAGCAGCAGCGGCAACAACAACAACACAAUGAACACCAUGAAUGUGCACAGUGCACAGCAACAGGUGGUGAUGAACUUCUCGAAUGCCAGCAAUUUGCAUUUUGGCUCAGUUUAUAAUUUUAAUCAAAACCUGAGCGCCUGCAGCUCACGCAAAGGCAGCACCAGCACCACAGAGGAGGUGGCGAGCGCCAUUCCACCAGCCGAUGGUAAACGUCAUGUGCCGCGCAAAACGGUCAGCAUUGUGGCCAUGAUGCAGUCCCAGCAGGAGCCCGACGAGCGACUGCUCGACACGGUCGCCACGCAUCUGGGCGAGGGCUGGAAGCAUAUUAUGCGCGAACUUGGCCAUUCCGAAGGUCAGAUCGAGCAGGCGAUUAUCGAUCAUCAAAUGCACGGCAACAUCAAGGAGGUCAUCUACCAAUUGCUGCUGAUGUGGGUGCGCGGAGCGGAUGACGGGGUCGCCACCGUGGGACGACUCACCACGCUGCUGUGGGAAAGCCAGCAUCGCGAGUGUGUGCAGCGCAUGAAACUGGUUUGGAAGGCGCUCGAGAAGCGCAAGACGUCCAGUUAGCUGAUCACGAAAAAAAAAAAA